AUGAAAGAAACUGAUGUCAAAGAGGAAGGAAGUCUCCAGCUAAAGAUAGAUGCUGUCAUGAAAAUUCUGGGACUCGUCUGGAACCGCCGAAAUGACGAAUUUGAGUAUUCGGUACAACUUCCUCCACUCAAAGUACCUGUAACAAAGAGAAGUGUCAUAUCUGACAUAUCAAGGCUGUUUGAUCCACUCGGCUGGUUGGCUCCAGUGAUCAUAGUAGCCAAGAUUUUCAUCCAAAAAUUGUGGCUUUCCGGAAUCGAAUGGGAUGAUGAAGUUCCACCACAAUUACUGAAGGAUUGGCUAAACUACAGAGAAAGUCUAAACCAACUUACCGAAUUCAAGCUGCGCAGAUGGAACCAUGCUAGUUCCAAUGUAACUGCGGAACUUCAGGGAUUCUGCGACGCUUCUAAUGAAGCGUUUGCCGCUGUUGUGUACUUAAGGACUAUAGAUGGAGAAGGAAAUGUGCACGUGUCACUGAUCACGUCUAAAACGAAAGUGGCACCAAUUAAACAAAUUUCUAUUCCACGUCUGGAAUUGUGUGGGGCUGUGUUACUCACUAAAUUGCUGGUUGAAGUAGCCGACGUUAUGAGUAUCAGCAAAGUGAACAUUCGUGCUUGGACUGACUCCACAGUAGUCAUCUCUUGGCUAAAUAGUCGUCCAAAUCGAUGGGAAACUUUCGUCGCCAACCGUGUAUCUGAAAUAAUAACGUCAGUAGAGCCGCACCAAUGGUCCCAUGUCUCGUCGAAAGAUAAUCCUGCAGACUGCGCAUCUAGAGGUACACGACACCUGAGUAAUGAAGAGCUCUGGAUAGAAGGUCCGUCGUGGCUGAAAAAUAAGGAGAUUAACUAUAAAAAACCAAACAUAAAGGAUACGAACUUAGAAGAAAGAAGCACUAAAGCAUGCUUCGUGAAUACUUACGAUAAUGAUGAUGUCACAGCAGAUGCCGAAGAAACACUUAUUUCAAGGUUUUCUAAAUUGUGGAAACUGCUACGCGUUCUGGCUUUCUGUAAACGAUUCUUGAAAUGUGCUAGAAAAGAAAAACACGUCGUGGUCAUUGCGCUGAUUUGUGGAGCGACAAUGGAACGAACUUCGUGGGAGCUGCUCGUGAGCUGA